AUGGAUAGUGUGGGUCGAUAUGGUAAACUUGGACAGCAUUUCACCCCGCUCAUUCCAUUCAGUGAGCCUCAACAUGUAGGCCGUUCCUUUGGGGCCAUUCUUGGCGUCGAAAUCACCGACGAUGGCCUCGAAGGAACCUUCGUACGAAUCAAUGUGCAUGGGCAAGUGCGCAUUGACGAGGGCACCCACGUCGCCGACGCCUUUGCUUUCGCAUGUUUCAAGGAAAAGUUCUUCUUCAGUUUCAAAAGUUACGUGCAGAGAGCGAUGUCUUCUCGCAUCGGCAAGUCCGAUGACGUCGUACUUGAUCUUCUUGGCUUGCAUUAUCGGAUGCAAGCGUUCGUGCGUUGA